AUGAAAUUCUCCACUGUCGCCACCUUCGCCACCGUCACUGCCCUUGUUUCUGCAGAUUCUACCUCUGAUGGUGUCACUUAUGUUGAUGUCACCACCACCCCACAAAGUACCACAUCUAUGAUCUCCACCGUGAAAACCACCUCUACUCCAUACACCACAAGUACCAUUGCUACCCUAUCCACUAAGCCUAUCAGCAGCCAAGCUAAUACCACCACUCAAGAAAUCAGCACAUACGUCGGCGCUGCCGUUAAAGGCUCCGUUGCCGGUAUGGGUGCCGUUGUCGGUGCCGUUGCCCUUGCUUUAUUAUAA